ACAAAACGGCCGACCGCUACAUGGGCGGUGGUUCGUCGACGCGCCACCGGGAGAGCGCGUAUACGAUCACAUGCACCUCCAACAAUCAGAGUGCGGCCGCCAUCGACUGGCUCGGCAGAGCGCUCAAGGUCAAAGGCGCGCUGAGUCUCAAUGUCUUUCGCAUCGAAACGAUCGUGGGCACGGGCUUCGUCGGGUCGGUCGCGACAGCCCAGCACAAGGCGUCAAAAAAGUACUUUGCUCUCAAGAGUGUCUACAAGUCCGACGCGGUCGCGAAGAAGAUGGUGACAAGUCUUUUCCGGGAGAAGCAAGCGCUUCGGGACCUAGGCGGGAUCCCUGGCGUCGUCCAGAGCUUUGGGACGCUCCAGACACGAGACCAAGUGAUUUUCGUGCUCGAAUAUGUCCCUGGCGGCGAGCUCUUUCACUGGCUGCACGAGUACCGCGCCUUUUCCGAUAUGGAGGCCAAGUUUUACGCUGCCGAGCUGCUCGUGUGCUUGGAGCGCAUUCAUGCAGAAGACUAUGUCUACCGAGACCUCAAGCCGGAGAAUGUCCUCUUGGACGCUUCCGGGCAUCUCAAGCUCGUGGACUUUGGCUUUUCAAAACCGCACAUGACGCUUGAGACGCGAACGUACACGAGUCUCGGGACGCCGCAGUACCUUGCGCCUGAGCAGCUCAAGCCCCAAGGUGGCUACACCCGCGCGGUCGACUGGUGGGCGCUUGGCUGCGUCGUUUUUGAGCUCCUCGUCGGGCGCACGCCGUUUUACAAGGGCCGAGGCGACUCGCCAUUUGAGAUUUACACGCGCGUGGUCCAGGGCUCGUUUUCUUGCCCAAAGACCAUCUCAAAAGACGCCAAAGAUUUCAUUUCGCAGCUCUUGCGACCCGAGCGCAGCCGCCGCCUCGUGGACCCAAGCAUCAUGCGCGCGCAUCCGUGGUUUACAUCGAUCGUCUGGGCGGACGUCGAGGCGCACCAGAUCCUACCACCGAUCAUACCCUCGCUACAUCGGCCAGGCGAUGUGACGUGCUUUGAUGCGCCGUCGGUCCCCGCGCGCGACCCGCGAUCCGUGCAAUGUACAGCCGCCAUGGACGAUGCUUUUGUCGAAUUUUAG